GCAAAAUAUCUGAGACAGAUUAACAACUCUGGACAAUAAAGAUUUUGCUUCCUAAAUACUUUUGGGUGUAUCUUAAGGCUUUGGGCUGCUGAUCAUGAAAAUUACCAUGAAAUUUCCCUAUCAUGCAUCUUUUUUUCAAAUCACCUGGAUUUGUUACUUCAGUUUAUAAUUCAAGUCAGAAUAACUGAUGCCAAGAUUAAGGAAGGCAUUUUUGUUGGUCAUCAAUGACAGGCAAUUUGAAGAAUUUCUAGUGGGACUGGAGAAAAUCACAUGGAAGACAUUCAAGAAUGUUGUUGAAAAUUUUCUCAGCAACUGCAGUGCACCAAACUACGUGCAGCGGGUUGACAACACGCUUCAAAAACCAUGAAGUGCAACAUGUCACUAAAGAUCCAUUUUCUGCAUUCCCAUUUAGACUUCUUCCUUGCAAAUCUUGGCACUGUCAGUGACGAGCACGGUGAAAGGUUUCACCAGGACGUUGCAGUCAUGGAGAAAUAAUAUAAAGGCAACUGGAAUCUAUCAAUGCUGGGUGAUUAUUGUUGGACACUUAAGCAAGAAGCAAACGAAAAUCAUCAACGAAACAUUUUAGCUUAGUUGAACUAUUGCACUGUUAUGCAAUUAAAUACAUUAUAUUCAAUAAAAGUUAAUUUCUUGUUUCUCCAAAUUCCUACGUGAUGCAAGUAGUCUGAAAUUAUAUUUGUGUUUGGCUGCAAGCGGUCUAUCAUAAACAAAAAAAUUCUGAGGAAGCAACACUUCUGAAAAAAUUAGUUGUGCAGUGUAAUAAAUCAAUUUCCUAGUUUCUUGUGUCUCUUAUCUUUAAAAGUUUAGUGUUAAUUGAUCCUAUGUGCUUAGGUGUCAAAUGUUUCACUCUGCAUUUUACCUGUGCAUGUAAAAUACUUGCUUUCACUAAAUAUUUUGUUGUUCCAAAAGAUUUUCAAAGCUCUGAUUGGCAUGUUUGAAGUGGCUUUGUGUUUCACUGAUAAUGAGCUUUGUUUCCUUCAGGUGGUGACGUACAGUCCUUCAACUGCUCACUGAUUGAGGAUGGAGAACAGUAAGCCUGUUCGAUAUGAGCUCCUGGCUGAGAUUGGAGAAGGAACGUAUGGAAAAGUAUACAAAGCCAGAGACCUGGAAAGUAAUGGGAAAUGUGUGGCUCUGAAAAGAAUAGCAAUCCCAAGAACGCCAGAGGGCAUCCCUGUAAAUGUAAUUCGUGAAGUGGCUUUGUUAAAACAUUUAGAGCUCUUUGACCAUCCAAACAUCAUCAGAUUGUUCGAUGUUGAGCUUGUUCACCAGACGGAUCGGACAAUGAAAAUGACGCUAGUGUUUGAACUCAUUGAGCAGGAUUUAGCAGUGUUCCUUUCAAAAGUUCGGGAGCCAGGGCUGCUUCAGAACAAAGUAAAGGGCCUGGUACACCAGCUCUUCAGAGGCUUAGAUUUUCUCCAUUCAAACAGUGUGGUACACCGAGAUUUGAAACCAGAGAACAUUCUGGUUUCAAACAGCGGCCAGGUGAAGUUGGCAGACUUUGGCCUGGCACGAAUGUACACCGUCAAUAUGGCACUGACACCUGUGGUUGUUACUCUGUGGUACCGGGCACCGGAAGUCCUUCUGUAUUCAGGGUACACAACCGCUGUUGACAUCUGGAGUGUAGGCUGCAUUUUUGCUGAAAUCCUCCAACUGAGCAUUCUUGGUCUUCCAGAUGAAGGGGAAUGGCCUCCAGAGGCCCCAUUGUGCUACAGCUCUUUUGCUCCCCGGAAGGUGAAGCCUGUUGAAGAUCUACUACCUCAGAUUGAUUUACUGGGCAAAGACCUCCUGCUAAAGUGUCUGUGCUUCAGUCCAGGACAAAGGACUUCCACCCACGAGGCCCUCGCCCAUCCCUAUUUCAUGGAGACACUAGAACAUCUUUAGGACACGUCAGAAAAUCAAGUGUUGCGUUUCUUUUUCUUCUGAUGAGGAAGAAGGAAUUAAUCUGAAGAAAGCCCAGAUGUUUUGAGUUUCAUCUUCUACUUUUAAUUGUAAUUCAGUUAGAACACCAAACAUAAAGGUAGAAAUUCAUUUUUGGUCGUGUGCAUUUAAAUAAUUUGGAAAUGGAAUUCAAGAUUGUCAUACGUUACUGAAUAUGAAUUGCUAGCCCAGAAUGUUUUGUCAUUAUUAAACCACUAUGUUUGUUCAUAUUUGAGUGUUGCAUGAUCAUCUGAAGAGACACAGCUUAUUUUGUUACAAGUGAGUCACAACAGCAACUGACACGACUGAGACAAGAGCAGGUUUUUACUCUGACUAUGUGCCUUCAGUUGUUUGCCAGUAAAAGAUGAAGGGACUUGAGGCCUAGUGUUAUAGAGACUUAAAGAACAUGCACCAGUAAGAUCAACUGUUCAACUGUAAAUAUUGAGACACUAGAUUUAAGCACACUUAAAGUUAGGGAAAGCGAACAAUUUGAGUCCAUCUUGGUAAACAAAUGAAAUAAUUACGAUCAAUUUUCUUCACAUUCAUUCAUGCAAGUGGCCAGCAUUUCUGUUUUUUCUUCAUUAACUCUCCAUUCAGUUGGAACCAUUUAAACAGGGUCUACAAGUAAGCCAUUGGUGAACAGUUUGUGAGUAUCACAUACUACAGGCAAAGCCAUGUUUAGAUGACAGCGAUUCUGUGUGGUAUUUUUAAACUGUGUACACGUAAAAUACUUCAUCAGACAGCUUUGUGUGAGACUGAGUCCUUGAGGGUCAGAAUAUUACACAUCCAGUACACUACUUCGACCCACAUUAAGCAGUCUCUUCACAGUCAAUAAUAGAUCAUCGACAGCCUGCUCUCACGAAAGAGAGAAGAAAAUUGAAAACAUUCCCUCUUAGAGGCAGAUUGUUGAUCAAAUGACACACACAAAAUGCUGGUGGAACACAGCAGGCCAGGCAGCAUCUAUAGGGAGAAGCACUGUCGAUGUUUCGGGCUGAGACCCUUCGUCAGGAUAAGUGCAUAAGUGAAAACUUACUGACGUACUGCAAUGUUUACUUGGACUAUACAGCUUUUUAUCCUUGGAUGUUGUCAAAACAAUUGUAUGCAAAUAAGCUUGUAAGAGACCCAUGAAAGACUGUAAGACGAUAAGACAUUGAAGCAGAAUUAGGCCAUUUGGCCCAUCAAGUCUGCAAUGGUAUUUGAUCAUGGCUGAUCCAUUUCCCUCUCAACCCCAUUCUCGUCCCUGUAACCCUUCGCACCCUGAUUUAUCAAGGAUCUAUGAACAUGCGCCUUAAAUAAACUCAAUGACUUGGCCUCCACAGCCACCUGAGGCAAUGAAUUCCAUAGAUUCACUACCCUUUGGCUAAAGAAAUUCCUCUUCAUCUCUGUUCUAAAUGGAUGUCCCUCUAUUCUGUGGUUGUGCCUUUUGGUCCUAGACUCCCCCAAUAUAGGAAACAUCUCCACAUCUACUCUAUCUAGGCCUUUCAACACUCGAUAGGUUUCAAUGAUAUCCCUACUUCAUUUUUUUCCUAAAUUUCAGCGAGUACAGGCCCAGAGCCAUCAAACACUCCUCGUAUGACGAGCCUUUUAAUACCAGAAUCAUUUUCAUGAACCUCCUUUGAACCCUCUCCAAUGCCAGCACAUCAUUUCUUAGAUAAGGAGCCUAAAACUGCUCACAAUACACUGAGUGAAGCCUCAUCAGUGCCUUAUAAAGCCUCAGCAUUACAUACUUGCCCUUGUAUUCUAGCCUUCUUUGAAAUGAAAGCUAACAUUGCAAUUGCCUUCCUCACCACCGACUCAAUCUGAAAGUUAACCUUUAGGGAGUCUUGCACAAGGACUCCCAAGUCCCUUUGCAUAUCAGAUUUUUGGAUUUUCUCCCUGUUUAGAAAAUAGCCUACACUUGUAUUCCUUCUACCAAAAGCAUAUGACCAGACACUUCACAACACUGUAUUUCAUCUGCCAUUUUUUUUAACCAUUUUCCUAAUCUGUGUAAGUCCUUUUACAGCCUCCCUGCUUCCUCUACACUACCUGUUUCUCCACCUAUUUUUGUAUCGUCUGCAAACUUAGCCACAAAGCCACCAAUUCCAUCAUCCAAAUCAUCGACAUACUGGUACAACAUAAAAAGAUGCAGUCCCAACACCAACCCCUGCAGAGCACCGCUGGUCUGUGGCAGCCAAUCAGAAGAGGGGCCCUUUAUUCCCCCUCUUUGCUGUAAUACCAUAGACUCUUCUCUUGCUAAGCAGCCUCAUGUUUGGCAGCCUGUCAAAGGUCUUUUGAAAAUCCAAGUAAACUGAUUCUCCUUUGUCUAUCUUGCUUGUUCUUACCUCAGAGAAUUCCAACAGAUUUGUCAGGCAAGAUCUUCCCCUCAAGGAAACCAUGCUGACUUUGGCCCAUUUUAUCAUGUAUCUCUGAGUACCCCCAAAACCUCACCAUUUAUAAUCUAAUCCAACAUCUUCCCAAUCACUGAACCCAGGCUAACUGGCCUAUAAUUUCCUUUCUUCUCCCUCCCUUCCUAAAGAGCAGAGUGACAUUUGCAAUUUUCCAGUCCUUUGGAAUCAUUCCAGAAUCUUGUGAUUCUUGAAAGAUCAUUUCUAAUGCCUUCACAAUCUCUUCAGCUACCUCUUUCUGAUCUCUGGGGCAUAGUAAAUUUGGUCCAGGUGAUUUAUUUACCUUCAGACCUUUCAGCUUCCCAAGCACCUUCACCCUAGAAAUAACAACUACACUCACUUCUGCCCCCUGACACUCUCGAACUUCUGGCACACUGCGAAGGGAAGACUGAUGCAAAAUACUUACUCAGUUUGUCCACCAUUUUCUUGUCCCCAUUACUACCUCUCCAGCGUUAUUUUCCAGCAGUCCGAUAUCCACUCUGGCCUGUAUUUUACUCCUUAUAUCUCUGAAAAAAUGUUUGGUAUCCUUUCUGAUAUUAUUGGCUAGCUUACCUUCAUAUUUCAUCUUUUUGCUCCUUAUGGCUUUUUGGUUGCUUUCUGUUGGUUUUUAAAAGCUUCCAAAUCCUCUAACUUCCCACUACUUUUUGUUGUAUUCUAUGCCCUCUCCUUGGCUUUUAUUUUGUUUUUGACUUCCCUUGUCAGCAUUUGAUCUGCAUGUAUUUUCUUGGCAGCUAAACUCUGUGACUACAUUUGAAAGUUAUGUGUUAUGACAGUGAAUGAUUGCAUUGGAAGAGUGAUUGUUUAAAGACAGGCAACACACAAAAGGUGCUGGAGGAACUCAGCAGGUCAGACAGCAUCUGUGGAAAAGAGUAAACAGUUGAUGUUUCGGGCCGAGACCC